AUGUCAACACAAACAGAUUUUGGCCCCGAUUCAGGUGGAAGGGUGAAGGGUUUAGUAAUUGUAAAACCAGUAGUAUAUGGUAACAUAGCCAGAUACUUUGGAAAGAAAAGGGAAGAAGAUGGUCACACUCAUCAAUGGACGGUCUAUGUUAAGCCAUAUGCAAACGAAGACAUGUCCGUGUAUAUAAAAAAGGUGCAUUUUAAAUUGCAUGAGAGCUAUGCAAAUCCAAAUAGGAUUGUGACAAAACCACCUUAUGAAUUAACGGAAACUGGAUGGGGAGAGUUUGAGAUUGUUAUCAAAAUUUAUUUUCAUGAUCCUAAUGAAAGACCAGUGACACUGUACCACAUAUUAAAGCUGUUCCAAUCUCCGAUAAACGAAAGUACACCCCCCACAACAGGCCGGGCCCUUGUCAGCGAGUCGUACGAGGAGAUUGUGUUCCAGGAGCCCACGCAGCUGAUGCAGCAUAUGCUUAGCAAUGUGAAACCAAUCACCAAUGGACCGUGGAAUCACGACACUAACUUCGAAGAGAAGAAAGAGAAAACCCUCGAGAGGAUAAUAGCGGCGCAGGCGAAGGUCAGGAACGAGAUUUCCGAUCUGAAGGAGAAGCUGCAGCUGGCGAAGGAAACCAUAUCCAGGUUCAAGGAGGAGAUAGCGAAAGUGCAGAACAACCCGGUGUCCAACAUCCUGUCGGCUGUG